CUACGGCUUCCAUUUCUGUUCUGGAACACACACAAGACCUCGCGAAGAAUACACAUUUGCUUUUCUGAAUUUGUCUUCUAAUGUAAAUAGAGUAAUUAGUGCGACAUAUUGACGAAUUUAAACUUAUUUGUAUUUGGAUAAAUAGUGUUGUUGUUUUUUUCCGCUUACGGACACGUUUGAGCUCCAGAAGAAGCGAGGCGGGCUUUUAUUCCCCAUUUUAACUUUAGUGAGCGGCAUUUUCCGCCGUUUUUUUUUUAUUGACCCCCUCCUCCCCCUCUCUCUCGCUCCCCCCCGUGAGAGUCGCGGCCUGUAGUGCAGCCACGAGGCGCGUCGGACCACCGGGAAUCAGGCGAUGGCGGAGUUUGGUAACGGACUGGCAGAGGAAUCUCUGCUGGACUCAGACCCGGGACACUCAGAACUUGAAGACCCAGGCGUCGGCGAUGAAGAACCGGGAUUAGACGAGGGAGAGGCCGCUAUUGAUGAUCCGGAGCUGGAGGCAAUUAAAGCCCGGGUGAGAGAGAUGGAGGAGGAGGCAGAGAAACUGAAGGAGCUACAGAACGAGGUGGAGAAACAGAUGAAUCUCAGUCCUCCACCUGCUGGUCCUGUCAUUAUGUCCAUUGAAGAGAAGAUGGAAGCAGAUGGGAGAUCUAUUUACGUUGGAAAUGUGGAUUAUGGUGCGACGGCAGAGGAGUUGGAGGCGCAUUUCCAUGGCUGUGGUUCCGUAAACAGAGUCACCAUCUUGUGUGACAAGUUUACAGGACACCCCAAAGGGUUUGCGUAUAUAGAGUUCGCAGACAAGGAGUCUGUUAGGACAGCCAUGGCACUGGAUGAGUCUUUAUUCAGAGGAAGGCAGAUUAAGGUUGGUGCCAAGAGAACAAAUCGUCCUGGCAUUAGCACCACAGACCGCGGUUUCCCUCGGGCCCGCUUCCGCUCACGGGGAGGAAACUUCUCAUCCCGGGCGCGCUACUACAGUGGCUACACACCCCCCAGAGGCAGGGGACGGGCCUUCAGGUUUCAGGACCAGUGGAGACUGACUACCCCUCCCUCCGUGGCCGCGGCGCCCCCUACUGUCUCGGCGGCGUCUCUGUCUCUUUCUGCACCCGCUAUGCACACUCACCCCAUCCUCUCCAUGUGGGGGGGAGGGGGAGGGGGACAGGGUGACCACCGGCCCACUGCGGGAGGCAUUUAUUACAAUAACAAGCGCUGAGCUUUACCAACAUGAAUAUACUGAGAUGCACCAGGCCCAUGUUAACACAGACAUACAGACACCGCACACACCCAACACACACACAUUUAUAUAUCGUGAAGGCCGAGCCAUGAUAGAGCAAUGGCUGCUUAAAUUGCGAGUGAGUGAGAGAGGCAGGACUAGAAAGAGCUUGAAGGGGAGGGUUCUUCUAGGGCCUUGUCUUUCUCAGUGCACAGUGCAGUUAGGGCACGAUGGAGCACUAACGCGUGGGCUACAGGUAUCGGUUAAAUGAGGAGGGCUUCUGAGCUUUUAUUUCGGGGGGAGGGAGGGGGGUUUGUGUGGAGAGGGGUUUCUCGUUUCUGUUCAUUUUCCUUUUUCAGAUGGGGGAGUGGGUGUGGACGAAAAGAGAAAAGAUGUUUUCCUUUUUUUAUUUUAUUUUUAACCCAUGAGUCUGUAAUUAGAAAAAAAA